GUGUGUGAAUCAUCAGGGGGAGUUUCUCCUGCUGUGUAGUAGAGGAGGAGGCACUAAAGGGAGGAGACGACUCCUGGCAGAUCCUGUGGUAUUUAACUACCACACCCUUUUCACUUCUCAUAGCUGGAACUCUUCUGUGCAUCUUCUGCUUACUUGGAUUAUUUGGACCGUUGGAAUAUAACCCGUUAAAUACAGUACAAGCAUCUAACGUCUAAGAUGGCUCUGGUAUCUGAAUUCCUGGGUCAGCUGACCCUUAACUUUGGGUCGAACGAUCCCACCUACCCCACUGUAGUUCCUGCAGCUGAUUUUGAUCCAGACAAAGAUGCUGCAAGAAUAGAGACAGCUAUCAAAACUAAAGGUGUGGAUGAACAGACCAUUAUUCAGAUCCUCACCAAACGGACAUAUGACCAAAGACGAGAAAUUGCCUUUGCAUAUGAGAGGAGAACCAAGAAGGAUAUGAUUUCUGCCCUGAAGUCGGCGCUGUCUGGCUCGCUCGAGACCGUUAUUUUGGGCCUGAUGAAGAGCACUGCUCAGUAUGAUGCCUCUGAGAUUAAAGCCUCCAUAAAAGGUUUAGGAACAGAUGAGGAGAGCUUGAUCGAGAUCCUUUGCUCUCGAAGCAAUGCAGAGCUGGUGGAUAUUAAGAAAGUCUACAAAGAAUUUUUCAAGAAGGACCUGGAGAAGGAUGUGGCUGGAGACACCUCAGGAGACUUUGCUAAGCUGCUGCUUGCUCUAGUGGCGGUCAAGAGGGAUGAGCCAAGUUCUGUAGUUGACUAUGAGAAAAUUGAUGAAGAUGCCAGAGCUCUGUAUGAAGCUGGAGUGAAACGGAAAGGCACCGAUGUCAAAACCUGGAUUAGCAUAAUGUCAGAGAGGAGUGUCCCUCAUCUGCAGAAAGUAUUUGAGAGAUAUAAGAGCUACAGUCCUUAUGAUAUGCAGGAGAGCAUCAGGAAGGAGGUGAAAGGAGAUCUGGAGAAGUCCUUCCUUACACUCGUCCAGUGCUUUGAAAACAAACAGCUCUACUUUGCCAGCAGACUCAACGACGCCAUGAAGAGUAAAGGUGUAAAGGAAAAAGUGGUGACGAGAAUCAUGAUCUCACGCUGUGAGGUAGACCUUAAGAAGAUCAGGUCUGAGUUCAAGGCCCAGUUUGGAAAGUCUCUGUACAAGACCCUCUCUGAACACACUAAAGGAGACUAUCAGCAGGCUCUGCUGAGUUUGUGUGGAGGAGAUGAUUAAAGAGGAGAAAGUAACUGGUUCCAGGACCGACGGAUGCCGUGUUCCUCAGGAGCCUCUCAUCUUCUCAGCCAUUAGCCCUCUGAUGUACUGUUCGAGCAUCAAGGAUAGUCUGUAAUCUGUAUGGAUCAGUGUAUUUUUAAAUGGACUCUCAGUGUUCCAAAGACAAAAUCCCAGUGUAGUCUUUAAGAAUUUGAAGGAAUGACUAAUGAAUGCUCAAAUCCAGGUUUGGUAAACGUAACUGACUUAGAAUCCACAAAGAAGCCCAAUGUAUUUCUGUAUAAAUAAAGGGACAGCGUUUAUUAAACUGUUACAUUUU